AUGAUAGGUGCUGCAAUCCGAUAUUUAGCAGAGGAAAGAGGCUCUACAAUGGCAACGAUAUCUAAUUAUAUUCGAUCCAAUUACGACGACCUCCCGGACGGGCAUGACAGGCUCCUUCCUUACUACCUCGGCAAGCUCACCGCCCAGAGGGAGUUCGUCAUGACGACACCCGGCCGUUUUCUGGUCGCCGACCACGCUGCCGCUGCGCCCGGUGGAUCAUCUAAGCCCAUGCAGAACAAAGACGCGGACUCCACCCAAUCGAAGCCCGACGCCCAUGAAGCCGAUGUCGUCGAGCCCAAGUCCAACGCAAAUCAGGUCGACGGCGAUGUUGAAUCAUUGGAAUAUUUGCUUGCCUUGCCAUGGGAAGGGCCUCCAGUGUCAAUGCCUGUGAAUAAAGGAAGAGGAGAUGGAGCCAAACCGGCGCCUAGACGUCGUGGUCGUCCACCGAAAGUGGGCUCGAACGCAGGGGGCGUGUCUCAAAAUAAGGAAGAAGAAAACGAUGGGAACGACCAACGUGAUGUGCCGGAGGCCACCCCAACGCAGGCUGAGGAAGCUGGCAAGGAUGGCUCCUCUUCAGCGCCAAAGCGCCGAGGAAGGGGAAGACCUCCCAAGCGGAAGUGGAACGGUCGAUAGGCGGACCGCGGUUCGAGCCCACUAUUGGAAGGCCACAGUUAGGUUUGGUAGGAAGUGCGGUAGCAUGAGUCGUUCCCAUGUUAAUUUUUUUUUUUUAAUUUCUUUUCCUUUUGUUUUUGGUUAAAAUUAUUGUAUUUGCUCCAUCUGUCGAUGCCUGUCAUUGAAGGAUCGGUAGCAGUAAUUAAAUCUUUUGAGUAAUAAAUUUUUUAU